GCCAUCUGCCCAUGUAAAAUGGAUCUGACCGACGGAAGCUGGAUAGUUAUGCAACAGCGUUUCGAUGGUUCUGUGGACUUUAAAGAAGACUGGAAGUCUUACAAAGAAGGAUUUGGAAACCCUCCAGAUGGCGAAUUUUGGCUAGGUCUGGAGCAAGUCCACCAGUUAACUACAAACAGUGAGUACAUCUUGGUAGUGGAGCUCGUGGACGACCAGGGAGUCAGAGGGUGUGCUUGUUUUGAUGAAUUUUCCAUUGGACCCGAGUCGGAUGGAUAUAGACUUAACAGUGGGAAGUACCAUGGUACUGCAGGUAACAGUCUAGCCUACCAUAACCACAACAUGUUUUCGACCUUGGAUCGCGAUAACGACAAAAGGCAUCCCAAAAUGUGGAGUUGUGCCGAAGAGUACCAAGGAGGUGGUAACUGGUACAAUGCAUGCUUGGUUCAAAACCUGAACGGGCCCUACAAUCAGUUACCUAAUAGUGCUAAACAGAUGGUCUGGAAAACAUUUCGUAAUUUUAACGGCCUGUUGAAAAGCAAAAUGGCACUGAAAAAGAAAUCAGAAGUGUAUGACCUUGUUUAAAAGUUAUUUAUACUUUCAUGAGAAAUCCCAUCUGCCCUGUAAUAAUGGAUUAGGUUUAUACUGUAAAGCUAUGAAUGUUCACAGGGUGUAUGUAUGUUCCAAAUCUAUUCUAUCAAGUUACAAAUGUACGUGGUCGAGUGUUGACAGUUUUACUAAAAUCGACCUCGACCUCAUCAUUCAACCAUUACUAUUCCAUGGAGAUCUGAACGAAAUGUUUCCAUGACUAUAAGGAAGAUUGCAUAACACGCACCGAUUGUACCGAUGACUUGAUCAUUGUCGUGAGUAAUACAUAUAUUAUGCCAUAUGUUUAUAUAUGUUGAGUUUGACACAACUCCAAUACUGAGAAUUGGAAUCAUUAAACUUUUUCUUGAUUUCCUAA